AUGGGAUCUAUUGAGGGUCUUGCUAAAUACAUUGAGGGAUCUCACUGGAAAGAAGCCCUCAGGAUCUUGAAGAUGGCUGUGACACGCUCAUCAUCCCUUGUCGUUCCUCCUGCCUCCUCUCAUACACAUUAUUGGGAUCACCAUGUCUUUGCUGAUAUUGAAUCUCAUUUUCAAGAAGGAGUUGCCUGGUCGCACAAUGGAGUUCACAUUCGACGUAAGCCAGACCCCUGUCAUCGGUCGUCGUUAUCUCAAGGGCUCUGGGAUGGUGGUCCUCCCUGGCCAAAUCAGCGCUGGUCAUCUACUGUCAGUUCUGCAACAAGUGACAGUUUGCAGGAUAGGGAACAGGAACGAUCCGUAAGUGACAGCGCAGGUGCAAUGGGUAUUGACCGAGCUGAAACUUCAUCUCCACGUCGCAGUCUCUCCCUCUCAGCAGCAGACACCAACAACCUGGCAGGUUGGAAACGACCAUGGUUGUCACAGGCACGUGUAAGAGAGUGCUUAGUGAACCUCCUGAACACUUGUGGCCAGCGUGUGGGUCUCCCCAAGUCUCCGUCGGCUGUAUGGGUUUCUGUACUAACUCAGCAUGAGACUUCUAAACAGGAUGGCAACAUCAGUAAGGUGAUAUUCAGUCAAAGCUCCGAGCUAGAGAGACAAUCGUCAAUGGCCUCAUCGACCGAAGAAGUGUCAGUCGCCCCAGGGGACACAAACAAACGACCGCACGGCUGAUGACAUGACUUCGUCCGAGAAGCAGUUCGCAGUCUUCAAGGACUUUGAUUUCCUUGAAUACGAGCUGGAGAGUCAGGGGGAAGAAAGUGUGGACAACUUCAACUUGUGGGGUGUGCGUCGUCGCUCCCCAAACAAUCUUGGGGAUGGUGAGCCUUCCAGCCACAUUGAUGACGCACAGAGUUCAGAGAUGACCCCAUCGCACGUCAAGAAGCCAACCCCCCUGCUGACCAUGAGUGGUGGGAAGAAGAGGGUUCCGUAUCACCUGUAGAUGAUCCUGCCAUGGGCCCCAGUGAGCGGUCAGCAGAACCCUUGAUCCACCAUGCUCAGCCUGCUGCAGCUCCUCAUACCACCAUAGCACCCAAGCUAACCCUUGAUACCAUUGCUGCACGCAGACCUGCCUCACCCACAUCCAUGUCUGAUCACAGUGAAAGCAGUGAUGGUGAUCUAGGUGACAUGACUCCUUGCAAUGCAUCUCCUAGUAUUGCUGCCAUGCUUUUCCGCCCAAUCCGACAGCCCAAUGAUUUAGAGGAUGCCUGGCGUGCC